AUGUUCAAAGUAUUCAUAUACGCUAUAGUAUUGGUCCAAGUAAUUCAUUCACUGGAAUUAAAGAAACUAUCAACGUGCCAAACGGCAUUGGGAAUGCAAUCGGGCUCCAUUCCUGAUUCGGCUAUUUCAGUAUCGAGUAGUUACGAUGUAAACACCGUUGGACCAAAGGCUAGUCGAGCUCGAACUGAACAGUAUGGAGGCGCAUGGUGUCCAAUGAAUCAAGUAACAUCUAUAUCAAGCGAAUGGUUAGAGAUCGAUUUCGACAAUUUAACCUAUUUGACACAAGUCGAAACGCAAGGUCGUUUUAAUAACGGUCAAGGAAAAGAAUAUGCUGAUUAUUAUAUUUUAAUGUACACGCGAAUGGAUAGUACAAAAAAUGAGGAAACAGUUUGGAUGGAAUAUAAACCUAGAGGUGAACAGAAGAAUUCAACGUGGAUACGCGCCAAUCAAAACACUUAUAUGGGAGAAAUUCGACAGCUAGAUCCGCCAAUUGUAGCCAAACGUCUUCGUUUUUAUCCUGUUAGUAAACAAAGUCGAACUGUAUGCAUGCGUGUUGAAGUUUAUGGUUGUUUAUUUUCUGAUGGUAUCGUUUCAUACGCCAUGCCACAAGGCCGCACAGAUGUAAAUUCGUUUGGUGAUGACACUUACGAUGGAAAAUAUCUUCGUUCGAAGAAAAUGUUAAUCAAUGGUCUCGGUAAAUUAUCGGAUGGUAUCACUGGUACCGAGGACAUAUCAGUGAUUGAUGGUCGUCAACCUUGGAUUGGUUGGUCGAAUGACACAACAAGUAAUUUCAUCCGAAUCAAAUUUCAAUUCGAUACCGUUCGACAAAUCAAUCGAAUGACAAUCCAUACGAAUAAUUUAUUUUCGAAGGAAAUCUUGAUAUUUCGAAAGGCUAUUGUUUCGUUCUCGAUUGACAAUGAAGAGAAAACUUAUUCAAAUUCAGUUAUUUAUCAGCAUAAUCGUGAUGAUAUAUUCGAAAUCGCUCGUCCGAUCUUAAUUGAAUUGAAUAAUCAAAUUGGCAGAUUUGUUCGAUUAGAUUUAUACUUUGAUUCCAAAUGGUUACUGAUUAGUGAAAUUACAUUCGAUUCACAGAUUUAUGAUCCGAAAAGCGAAAAGAAGGCUGACUUGAAACAACAGUCUCUCCCAAAAACGCUUACCAGCGAAAAAGACUUGCAUAAAUAUCAAAGAAAUACUCAACAAACGAGAAUAGCAUCUACCGCAACACCAGUCAAUUCGAAAAUGAAUAUUCCAACAGUGAUCACUGUUGAAUUGUACUUGGCAUUUCUGACUGGUGCACUAAUUGCUAUUGGUCUUUUACUAUUUGUCUCAUUACUAUGGAUUAUUCGACGAAAGAGAAAACUACGAUUUCAAAAAUUGACGGAAAAGCCAGGUAGUAAUUCAUCAUGUUAUACCUAUCCGACAUUACCUGUUCGUGAAUUUUACGAUUUGAACGCACCGAUUACAAACUCAGGUGAUGACCGUGAUUAUGCAGUACCCGAUAUGAAUUUCUAUUCGACAUUUUCUCCUGCACAUCAUAUCUAUACUCCUCGUUUGCUACGAGCAUCAGCACUAAAUCCAUGUCCGACAUUAAAACCAACCUCAUAUUGUUGUUUACAUCAACAGCAAGAACAUUCGUAUGCAACCGCAUGUCAACAAGUUUUUCCUCCUGUUGUUCAAGACAUUUCAUCGAUUGAAGCGACAUGUGGCAAUAGUUUAAUGAUUCAAAUGAAUUCCAUGGGAGAAAAUCACCAGAUGUCAAUGCAGGAAAUCACUAGUGAUCAAUUAGUUUUCAUUGAGAAAAUUGGAGACGGACUAUUUGGAAGUAUUCAUAUCGCUGAAAUGAGCAAUGAUACUGAUAGUGAAAAACGAACGGUAGUGAUAAAAGUGCUAAACGAUAAUGUUGCUGAAGAUAAAAAAGCAUCGUUUGCAAAAGAAAUUGAAUUGCUCUCAACAUUGAAGAAUCCAAAUGGAUGUGCUCUUCUAGGUAUUUCAAAUUCACAGAAGAUGAUGGCGAUAUUUGAAUAUUAUCCACUUGAUCUAUACCAGUAUCUUCGUCAACAAUCGAUACCAUUGGAUAAUUGUUCGGCAUCGAGUUUCUUACUUUCAUUAGCCUGUCAGAUUGCAGCUGGAAUGAAAUAUUUAUCAUCUCUUCAGAUCAUUCAUCGAGAUUUAGCAACACGAAAUUGUCUCAUCUCACCAUUAAACCAUCAAUUACGUCUGACAGAUAUCGCGAUGAUCAAGUCGGAGUAUUCAAACGAUUAUGCACAAAUUGGAUUGCAUCAAUCACGUAUUCCAAUACGAUGGAUUGCACCGGAGUGUCUCUUCUUGAACGAAUUCUCACUGAAAUCCGAUGUUUGGUCGUUUGGUGUCACACUUUACGAAUUAUUCACCUAUGCACGUCAACGUCCGCACCACUCAUUAACAAAUGAACAAUUAGUACAACAAUUCGCUUCUCUUUUUCAAACCCAAAUGUCGCUACUGUCGAAUGCAACCUACCUUCAUCUACCCAAACCAGAACUAUGCUCCAAAGAAAUCUAUGAUAUGAUGUGUGAAUGUUGGCAACUCGAUGCUCUACGACGACCAUCAUUUUUGGAUAUUUCGACGUUUCUUCUGGGUAGAGCAUCAGGCUCAACUAUAUUAAUAUCGCCAGGAUCGUAA